GACACCACAACCAACGACGGCCACCUGAAAGCUUGCGAGCACCGCCGUGCGAUUAUUAUUGGCACGUGCGACGUCGCCGCCGCCGGUCACGACCAGCAACAUAUCAUAGACUUCUACUCCCUCUUCACCCUCCCAUCCUUGUCGCCCCCCUCCACCGCCAGCAUCGGUGUGACAGCGGUGUCGGUAGUUAACGCCACCCUCAGUCCAAACUCUCGAAACAUCGCCGAGCCCGUCGACCAGGACCAUCGCGUUCCCAGGCCACGCCCGCGCCCACGAUGGUCGGCAAGAAAUCAGGUCGCGCGCUGCUGCGCGAAGAAGGGCUGCAGCGCACGGACAACAAUAUGGACUUCUCGACGUGGCCACAGGUCAACAUGAUCAACCAGAAAAACUACUACACCGACUUCCUGAAACGAGAUGACCAGAUCCUUGCAAUCAGACUUCAGCAAGAAGAGCGUCUCGACCGCCGGAAGAGAGCUGCUGUCGACCUGGACCGAGCCCGAGCGCAAAAUGGCCAGGACGCUCCCGAACCUGCUGAUGUGAACGAAGACGACCUUGAUAAUGACGUCGGUCUGGUCGACGAACUCGGCGAGAAUUACGGCUCCAAGACUAUCGUCAUCCAUGUGGGAAGUCAGAACAUGCGCAUUGGCUUCGCCACCGAUGCACUUCCAAAAACAGUGCCCAUGGUGAUUGCGAGAAAGUCGCAAAAGACCGAAGCAGAGGACUCUGAGCCAGUGCCGAAACGCAUCAAGCUGGACGAUGACACGCCUUCAGAGGAGUGGUUCGGCGAGGAGUUCGCAAAAGAAUACGACAGCAUGGCCACAUAUUUCAAGCAAUUCAGACGAGGGAACAAGCGACGCGUUCUGCCAAACUCACGAGAACUCGUCACCAAGUGGAACAGCAGCACACCGCCGGAAAUAAUAUCGGAACACAACGACCCAGUACAGCUCGACUGGACAGAACUGCCACCCAAUCCCGCAGAGGCGCCCGACUACAUCAUCGGCGCACCUGCACUGCGCAUUCCCGAAAAUUCGAAACCGAAAUACCACCUCAGCUGGCCGAUGCGGCAUGGCCACCUCAAUGAAAAAGAUUACAACAAUCGCAACAGGCUACAGCGGGAUUUCUUCACAAUCAUCGAGGAGAGCAUCAAGACUCAACUCGAUUUGCCCCACAAGCGAGAGUGGUCCCAAUACAGCUGUGUCUUCCUCAUUCCCGACUUGUACGAGAAGGCGUUUGUCACGACCAUCCUCCAAGAGCUCAUGACUGACUUUGGCUUUGGCCGCGUCUGUUUCAUGCAAGAGUCGCUGGCGGCUACUUUUGGAGCAGGAUUCAGUACAGCGUGCAUGGUAGAUAUGGGAGCGCAGAAGACGACAGUGUGCUGCGUGGAGGAUGGCAUGUGCAUCGAACCCUCACGAAUCAACUUGAAAUAUGGAGGCUACGAUGUGACGGAAACGUUCGUUCGCAUGAUGCUGUUCGACAAGUUCAACUACAGCGAGUUCAACUUGAUGCGACGACAUGACUUCCUACUCGCCGAAGAGCUAAAGGAGAAGUACACAUCGUUGACUGACGAGAAUGUCAGCGUGCAGCUGUACGACUUCCACCUGCGUGCUUCUGGGCAGCCGACUCGCAAGUACCAGUUCAAGCUGUAUGACGAAGCCUUCCUCGCACCCAUGGGCUUCUUCCGGCCGGCCGUAUUCGACAAUUCAGAGAAGCUCGCGGGACGGAGGUCACUUGUACCAGCAUCCGCAGACUUGUACGACCAAAAGCCGAAUGACCCCGACUCCGAGGCACAGAAGGAGGUGCGAAAGUAUGCCAGAGCGAACAUUCCAUCUGCGACACUACCUGCGCCAAGCGAGCCCGCGCGUCUUAUCGGCACACCGCUGGCAGCUCCAACACCGCAGAAACAGCGUCCCCUUGGACUUCCCAGCUACCUUAACGGAGACAACGAUGGCACGCCCAAAUCCUCUGUGGCCGGAUCACCGCCUCCAGAAGGCACGCCCAUGCCUGCCGAUGACGGCGAUAUCACCAUGGGAGAAGGACUCACCGAUGGCGCCCCGGCAGACGACGAUACAAGAGACCGCGUCGUCCCCAUCAUGCCGCUCGAUGAAGCCAUCCUCCGCUCCAUUGACCACGCCUCUCUCCUACCCAACGGCCAGAUUGACGAACGCCGCAAGCGAGACUUCCUCGGCAGCAUCAUGCUCAUCGGCGGUGCCUCCAAGACACCUUACAUGCAAAGCUAUGUGGAACUGAUGCUUCGCAAUCGAAUGCCGCAAUAUCCCAAAGAAAUCCUCGUGGCUCCGCCGCCUCGAGAUCUCGAUCCUGCUGUCAUUGUCUGGAAGGGAGCGAGUGUGUUUGGCAAGCUGCGCAUGACGAAUGAUAGCUGGAUCUCUCCACUCGAAUACGAUCGGCUUGGCGCGCGAAUCCUGAAUUAUAAGUGCAUGUGGCAUUGGUGAUGCGAGAGAUGAAGGCACUAGGAUACAGCAUCGGAGGACAAUGCGAGAAGAUGUAUGCACAGGGUCGUUUGCAUAGAUAAAAUGCUCUGUGAGCGCUGGGGUAUUUGACCUAGACCACUACAGCAUCUGGAAAGUCGCUGGAAAGGCUUUCCACAUAAUGAUAGAUUAUUUAUUUCUUGACGUGAGCAUA